UUUUAUUUAUUUAUUUGGAAAGGGCCAAAAACCAAUAAAGGCUUUUGGUAUAUAUAUGAAGCUAUAUAUGACUCUUUGCUCUUGAUAAAGUGCAGCUACGGUAGUAGUUCCACUUUGUCUCUCUGGGUAUCGCCGGAAUAAACUUCGGAGAAAAUUUAAUUAAUUAAAUAAAAUAAAAAAUAUAUUGGAGUACGAACUGAAUCUAAACAAAGAAGAAAGGCAAGACUUUUUUGCUGAUCCGAUUUAUACUUAAUUUAAAAAAAAAAAAAAAAGAAGUGGAAUCAGAUGGCGGUGAAGGUAGCCACAACUGGUUUGCAAUGGCCGAUUCUCCCUCAUUCCCCAUCUUCUUCAAAAACACUAGCCUUCGCCGCAAUAUCUUCUCCUUCUUCCAAGCGACGAAGCCGUAGCGACGGAGCCACGCUCAUGUGCCGGCACGUGCGAAGUUUACAUCGCUCGGCGCUGUUCGGGACUCCGUCGAUUAGGCUGCACCGUUCUUGUUCUUGCGAGAUGCCCAAAUCUGGAUUCCGUACUCUUCGGAGAGCCUCUACCGCCUGCUUAGAAUCAUUCUCCGACGAAGAAUUCUCGAAGAAAAUUCAAGAAUUGGCGCUAAGAUUCCAACUCUCAGACGACGACGACGUUGAUGAUGAAAGCACCGACGUCUUCGGUUCCUUGUCGGAGCUAGAUUCUGAGCGUAACAGUUUCAGUCACGAAGCUUCGAUAAUGAGCAGAAGCGUCAACUUUGUAGAUAGCCGGAAUAUGUUUCCCAUGGAGCCGCCGUGGCCGGGGAUUACACAGGAGCCACCGGAUUGGACCAUGACGGACGAAAUUAUUCCGGCGAGUAUCGAGCGGAAGGCGAACAGCGUAGAUCUGCCUCACUCGCUUCGGAUUAUAAAGAGAAAGAUGCAAUGGCAAUAUAGUUUUAGGGAAGCUGGUGAGUCGGCUUAUUGUUCAGUGAAGAAAGCCUUUUCUUCCAUGGUGUUCAUAAUAAGAGAGCUCCAUAGUUACUCUCUACAAAUGAGAGAAGUUCUCUACUACGAAGAUUUACAGGACGUUCUCAGCCGGGUCCAGAAGGAGAUGCACGCUUCGUUCGUGUGGCUAUUCCAACAAGUGUUCUCUCACACGCCGACCUUGAUGGUCUACGUGAUGAUUCUUUUGGCAAAUUUCACAGUUCAUUCUAUGGGACAUAACACUGCGAUUGCGGGUACUGUUUCUCCACCUGGGUCUUACUCAUCUACAUCGGAGGCAGCUUUGAUUGACGUGCAUGACCAUAGCCAUCAUCAAAAGUUUGAUUCUUCGGCAGUUAAGUCGUUUUCUCUGUCGUCCGGGGGAAAAACGACAUCGAUUGGGGGAAAUAAUGGCGGAGGCGGGAAUAGUCGGCCGGUUGCUAGUGGUACCGGCGGCGAUGGUGGAUUUAACGAUUCGGACCAGUUUCGGCGUGUUUUGCCUGAUGGGGCUUCUCAAAUGUCCUCAUUCGGGCCGAGGGAAGCAGCAGAGGCAGGGUCCUCUGUUUCAGAACAGGAGACCAAUGAAGAAGAGUUGGCAUUAUGGGGUUCUUUAGUGGAUGAAGCCGAUUCUUUCAGAGACGAAGCUUUGGACCAAGAAACAGUUCAGAAGUUCGUUUCUCCUGUGAACGCGAAGAUUGAAUCUGAUAAUUAUGAAGAGUUUGUCAGAACCGAUCUCGUUUACCAAAUGGGUUUGUCUCAGGACCCCAACAAUCCCCUCCUCUUGGCCAAUUACGCUCAGUUUCUUUAUCUCGUUUCCCACGACUACGACAGAGCAGAAGGGUACUUCAAGAAGGCAACUGGUGUGGAGCCAACAGACGCUGAGGCUUAUAACAAGUACGCAGCGUUCUUAUGGAGGGCCCGAAACGACUUAUGGGCUGCCGAAGAGACCUUCUUGGAAGCCAUCAACGCCGACCCUGCCAACUCUUACUACGCUGCUAACUACGCUCACUUCCUUUGGAACACUGGUGGCGAAGACACCUGUUUCCCUCUCAACUCCCCUGAUGAUACCAAUCAAGAUUGUUAAAAGAAUAAAAUAGAAAAGUAAAACGAUAAAUUGCCUGUCAGAAAGGAAUCUACCCCAUCCCUUAUUUUUUUCUCUUAAAAAUGGUCACAAAUAAAUUUAAGGAAAAAAAAAAGAUAGAAAGAUAGUUUUUAUUUUUUAUUUUUGGGGAUUUGACAUGGCUUUUUUUUAUUAUUAUUUAAAUUUUGGCGAAGGGGAGAAUGUGUAUUGGGGAGAGUAGGAUGGAGAUCAAGGCAGGUGGCGGCAUGAGUGGUGUUUGGGAAGAUGGAUGCACGUGGCCGUGGAAUGGGGCUAUGUACAUGCAUCAUAAGAAGGCAAAAAUUGGCAGUGUUUGGCUCUGCGUGUCUAGUGAUUGGAACUCUCGAGAUCUACUACCACCGCCCGGGACUUGGGUUAUGCUUUUGCACAUAUUUUUUUUGUUGACACGAUCACAUGGCAAAUGUAAUUAGCUUUUUUGUUAAUAUAAUGCCACUUCAGAUUAAAUGAAAAGAAAAAACUUACAAGUC